AUUGAGAAAAAUGAAUUGCUUGCCCUCAGGAUUUGGUCGAAGCUACUUAAGCUAGAGUACACAAAGUAGUUCUCUAGUUACAAUCCGAAUCCGAAGUAAAAGUGCACCUCUCCAGUUCUCCUUGUUUUACUUUUUUUUUUUUUUUCCUUAUGAAAAUCUUGUCUUGAAAUUCUUGUUUUUAUGUUACUUUGUACCGGAAUCCAUGGAAGCCAAAGUCCUAUCCAACGGAACCCGGUACUCUUCCCUCCCUGAAAGCUACGUCCGGCCAGAACCCGACCGGCCGAGGCUAUCGGAGGUCGCCGUCUGCAACGAUGUUCCGGUCAUCGACUUGGGCUGCGGAGAACGAGCCCUGAUAGUCAAAGAAAUAGCGGAAGCCUGCUCCGAAUAUGGAUUUUUCCAGGUUAUAAACCAUGGGGUACCAAAGAAAGCCAUAGAGGACAUGUUAAAAGUAGCCCAAGAAUUUUUCCAGUUGCCCGUAGAGGAGAAAAUGAAGCUCUACUCUGAUGACCCAUCAAAAACCAUGAGGCUUUCAACCAGUUUUAAUGUCAAAAAAGAAACUGUUCAUAACUGGAGAGAUUACCUUAGACUUCAUUGCCACCCAUUGGAGAAAUACUCUCCAGAAUGGCCUUCAAACCCCUCUUCUUUCAGGGCUAUUGUGAGCAAUUAUGUGAAGGAAGUUCGAGAACUUGGAUUUAGGGUAGAAGAAGCCAUAUCAGAAAGCUUAGGCCUGGAAAAGAAUAGCAUCCGGGAGGUGUUGGGCGAGCAGGGUCAGCAUAUGGCCGUCAACUUCUACCCACCGUGCCCGGAGCCGGAGCUCACUUACGGCUUGCCGGCGCAUACUGACCCCAAUGCCCUCACCAUUCUCCUUCAAGACUCACAGGUUUCCGGCCUCCAAGUCCUCAAGGAUGGCAAAUGGUUGGCUGUGAAACCUCACCCAGAUGCCUUUGUUAUCAACCUUGGUGAUCAACUGCAGGCACUGAGCAAUGGCAAGUAUAAGAGUGUAUGGCACAGAGCUGUGGUGAACUCUGACAGAGAAAGAAUGUCGGUAGCUUCAUUUCUUUGCCCCAGCGAUGAUGCGGUGAUCAGUGCGCCAAAGCAACUCUCCGACGAUGGGUCUCCGGCUGUUUAUCGGAAUUUCACCUACGACGAAUAUUACAAGAAGUUCUGGAGCCGGAAUUUGGAUCAAGAACACUGCUUGGAACUCUUCAAGAAUUAGUAAUUAAGUGUU